GCUUGACCGUCCCCUGACCUUGUCUGAGAAGAUUGUAUAUGGACACCUGGAUGACCCAGCAAAACAGGAGAUUGAGCGAGGCAAGACCUAUCUGCGCCUACGGCCAGACCGCGUGGCCAUGCAGGAUGCCACUGCUCAGAUGGCAAUGCUACAGUUCAUCAGCAGCGGGCUGCCGAAAGUGGCUGUGCCUUCCACCAUCCACUGUGAUCACCUCAUCGAAGCCCAGUUAGGUGGUGAAAAGGAUCUUCGAAGAGCCAAGGACAUAAACCAGGAGGUGUACAACUUCCUAGCAACGGCUGGUGCCAAGUAUGGAGUGGGAUUCUGGAAACCUGGGUCGGGAAUCAUUCACCAGAUCAUUCUGGAGAACUACUCCUACCCUGGGGUUAUGCUGAUCGGCACAGAUUCACACACUCCCAACGGAGGUGGCUUGGGAGGAAUCUGCAUUGGUGUGGGUGGAGCUGACGCUGUAGAUGUCAUGGCAGGAAUCCCUUGGGAGCUCAAAUGCCCAAAGGUUAUUGGUGUAAAACUGACUGGCAAGCUUUCAGGCUGGAGUUCUCCUAAAGAUGUGAUUCUAAAAGUGGCUGGCAUCCUGACUGUCAAGGGUGGAACAGGCGCCAUCAUCGAAUACCACGGGCCUGGUGUGGAUUCAAUCUCUUGCACUGGAAUGGCAACGAUCUGUAACAUGGGGGCUGAAAUCGGAGCUACCACGUCGGUCUUCCCUUACAAUGCACGGAUGAAGAAAUACUUGGGCAAGACUGGGCGAGCUGACAUAGCUGCGCUGGCGGAUGAAUUCCAGCAACACUUGGUACCGGAUUCUGGUUGUCAAUAUGACCAGGUGAUAGAAAUCAACCUCAGUGAGCUGAAACCGCAUAUCAAUGGACCUUUCACACCAGACCUGGCGCACCCUGUGUCAGAUAUUGGUGCUGUGGCAGAAAAGGAGGGCUGGCCUGUUGAUAUCAGAGUUGGCUUGAUUGGCAGCUGCACCAACUCCAGCUAUGAGGACAUGGGACGCUCUGCAGCAGUGGCAAAACAGGCACUAGCGCAUGGAUUGAAGUGCAAAUCUAAGUUCACAAUCACACCAGGCUCAGAGCAGAUCCGUGCCACCAUUGAAAGAGACGGUUAUGCACAAGUCCUGCGAGAUGUUGGAGGGCUGGUUCUUGCCAAUGCUUGUGGGCCAUGCAUUGGCCAGUGGGACAGGAAGGACAUCAAGAAAGGAGAGAAAAACACAAUAGUCACGUCCUAUAACCGGAAUUUCACAGGUCGCAAUGAUGCCAAUCCAGAGACUCAUGCAUUUGUGACCUCUCCAGAGAUUGUCACAGCCCUGUCCAUUGCUGGCACUCUAAAAUUUAACCCCGAGACAGAUUACCUGACAGGAGCGGAUGGGAAGAAGUUCAAACUAGAAGCACCUGACGCAGAUGAGCUGCCCAAGCUGGAGUUUGACCCAGGCCAGGACACCUAUCAGUACCCUCCCAAGGACGGCAGCGGGCAGCAUGUGGAUGUGAGCCCCACCAGCCAGCGCCUCCAGCUUCUUGAGCCCUUCGAUAAGUGGGACGGGAAGGACCUAGAAGACAUGCUGAUCCUCAUCAAGGUAAAAGGGAAGUGCACCACUGACCAUAUUUCUGCAGCCGGCCCAUGGCUUAAAUUCCGUGGCCAUCUAGACAACAUCUCCAACAACCUGCUCAUCGGUGCCAUCAACAUUGAAAACGGCAAAGCCAACUCUGUGAGGAAUGCGCUAACCCAGGAGUUUGGGCCAGUCCCAGACACAGCCCGUUACUACAAGAAAAUGGGUGUCAAAUGGGCAGUUAUUGGGGAUGAAAACUACGGUGAGGGAUCAAGCCGGGAGCACGCAGCAUUGGAGCCACGUCACUUGGGGGGCAGGGUCAUCAUCACCAAGAGCUUUGCCAGGAUCCAUG